CAAAUCUGAUUUUAUUUUUCGUUCUCAUUCUACAGAAGAAAUCAUUCCGCCACAGACUGAGGAAGCUAAGACAAAUGAUUGCUGGUUGCAAAAUAAUUCACAACCAUGGGCUAAAGUUGUGAGCUAUUGGGGUGAAUCCAGUGAAGUGAGGCGAGAGAAAUUACUUCACUGUGAAGGGACUGUGACAGAUUAUUUAAAUGCAUAUUCAACGUUCGACAAUGAUUUGGCUUAUACACUGUUGGAACGAGAUUUCGAUCGAAUUUAUCCAAAUAAAUCCGGUAAGAUGUUUACUGAAUGGCCAGUUGUCAAAGCCUUCAUAAUCGAAUUACUAUCGGAAACAACAAUCGGAACGGAUUUGAGAAAAGUAUUAGAUCCAAGUGCACAAACUACUUUGGCGUGAGCAGAGCAACGAAGCAAAAUUCUACAAUUAAUAAUUGGUGACCAACCCUAAAGGAAAUGCUGGAUGGUUUCGUGAUGUACGUGAAGGUAAUUGGUGACUUGGAACUCAAAUUGAACGAGAGGGUGAAGAAUUUGGCUAUCCACAACUGCCAAUUGCAACCAUUCGUACUGAUCGUAGGGCCAUCAUAUGAUCAAAUUGAGCAAAAUUUUAUCGUGUUGGAUAGAACACAUCGUUACGAGGUCGAAACGCCAUUGAAAGCACUGAACGUAGUGUUCAAAUACGUACACGCUUUACACGCUCAUUAUUCAUUUCAGUCAGCACAGAUCUUUCAAUUUUUCCAAAGAGCAGUUUACGAUCUCCCAUUCCAGAAAAAAUACGAUUUUCGUUUUAAUAACGUUGAAACCUUGAUCGCAGAAUUAAAAAAAGCGCGUAUUAAUUCGCAAUAAAAAAAGUAUAUAAUAAUGGCAAAGUGUAAGAUCUGUAGGGCGAUUGUGCCAUCCAUUCGUAGUCUUUUCAGACAUAUUUCAGCAUGUCACAGGGCCAUGGUGGUCGAAGGGUACACUUGCGGUGAGGACAACUGGGGGCCUAUUCUCAGAUCUUUCCAUCACAAAGAUCCAUUCCGUAAACAUCUUCUAUCAUUUCACAAAUUGCCGUUAGAGUGUCCAAAAGUUUCUCAAGAUAUUUACAAUUCUUCUCAUACGCCUGAGGUUAGGGAUGUACUCGGUGAAACGUUUUUACCAUAAAUUGUUCAGCAUCCGAAUCCACUGAGUUUCCAAUCGAUUUUUCUUCUUCAUUAGAUGAUUUUUCGUCUGCUCUAGAUUCAGCAUCAGAAAUAUUUGUAGCAAAAUUGUACAGUGAGAAACGUUUGCCGCGUAAUUUUGUGCAGAAAAUAAUCGAUGAUCUAAAAAUUUUUUUUUGGGAACAGUUUUUUUGACAUUAUCCGAAAUAAAGUUGAAACAGUUUUAGAAAGGAACAGUAUUCCUGAUGAUUCUAAAAGAGGAAUAGACAACAUGUUUGCAAGAUUGGCAGAUCCAUUCGUGAAUUUCAAAACAGAAUAUUAUCGAUUCAAAUUUCAGGGAACCAGGGAAUUUUAUUGCUCCGAUUCCUUACGUCAUUGGACAAGAGAAAGGGCCUCAAUCGAACUCAGCAAAUAAUGUUUUGGAGAAGACCCUAAAAGCCAUCGGUCAAUCUAUACCUCUGCGGAGUUGUCUAAAAAAAUACUUCGAGGCACCGGAUGCAUUGGAAGCAACUUUAUCUUACAUAAAUAGUCUGGAUUCGGAUUCAUGUGUAGAAAAUUUUACUCAGUGUGAAUUAUGGAAAAAAAAAUUCUCGUAUCAAGAACAAGAUAUUGUUUUGCCACUUUCUUUUUUUCGAUGAUGCUGAGGUUAAUAAGCCUGUGGAACCCAUCCCGGAUCAGUUGGGGCCGUUUAUGCAUCUAUCCCUUAUUUACCACCCGACUGUCGCUCAAUGUUAGAAAAUCACUUUCUCGUCCUGUUGUUCGAAAGUUGGACGAGAAAGAAAUACGGUAAUGACAAAGUAUUAAAACCACUCAUUGAGGAACUAACGUUCCUCGAAAAAACAGGGAUUACCAUCAAUACAACUCAGGGAUCACGACACGUUUUUUUGCAACGGGUUUGUUUUUGGGAGACAAUCUUGGAAUUAAUAGUCUCUUUGGCUUCGUCGAAUCAUUUAUUUGCACGAAUUUUUGUAGAUUUUGUAAGAUAAUGAAAAAAGAUAGUGAACAUAUGACUUCUCUAAUACCAGAGUUAUUGCGUGAUGAACAAAGCUAUAACCAAGAUCUCACUGAUGAUUACAAGAAGACCGGGAUUAAAAAAAGUUGCAGUAUUAAUCUAGUUCCCUCGCAUCACAUCACGGUCAAUGACGCGCAUGAUAAAAUGCAUGAUGUUCGAGAAGGUAUAGCUCCUCGCGGUAUGGCUAAAAUCAUAACAGAUCUAACAUCUGGUCGAUAUAAAGAGUUUGAUCUCGAUGCAUUGAAUAAUCGAAUUUUGAUGUUCAAUUAUGGCUUCAUUGAUUGCUCCAACCGACCACUCGAUAAAUAAUCAAGAUUUGAAGAAUAAUAAAAUAAAAUCAACUGCUUCAGAAAUGUCCACACCCAUUCGGCUUUUUGGGGUAAUUAUCGGUGACCUUGUUCAAUUUGAUAAUCCUUUCUGGCGAUUGUAUCAUCUCUUACGAGACAUAUUGGAAUAUACACUUGCAAAAACACUACCCAGGAACACAGGACAACGAAUCAAAGUGUUGAUUGAACAAUAUCAAUUAUUAUAUAUGGAAUCAACGGGAGAUACUUUGAAACCAAAAGACUAUAUACUGCAACAUUCAGCUGACGUAUUCAACCAAAGCGGUCCGCCUGCGCAUUUAUCAUCGAUUCGUUUUCAAGCAAAACAUCUUGAUUUAACCGGUUCGGCUUCAGUCAAUAUGUCACGUGUAAAUAUUUGCCAUUCUCUAGCUAUUAAACAUCAAAUUUCCUUAUGCUACAAGUUUCUGGCAAAUGAAAAAAUCACACCUUCACUUCAAACUGGCCCUGGCGAUUUGCUGGAAUGCAAUCAUCAUGAUCCUUAUUAUAAUCUUCCCACAGACUUACAAUCAAUGAAACAAUAUUUUGUUGCGAAUUGGAUUGAAUAUCAAGGCACCAUAUUCAAACCUGGCAUGGCACUGGUUCUAGAUACCCACAGCGAUGAUUUCUUACUUGUUUUUGGAAAAAUCGAAAGGAUUCUUAUUUUCGAUGAUACACUAAAUACUUUUUGUUUUAUUUGUAAUUACUACGAUAAUUUAGGCGCUUAUAGCCACGUAGGUGCGCAUAAAGUGAAAGAAACUCAGGAAAAAGUAUGUGUCAAACUUCAAGAUUUACUUGACCCUCUGCCAGUCUAUGCACAUACUAUGGCUGAUGGAAAGAAAUAUGUAAUUUUAAGAUACGAAAUUUGAAUACCGUCAAUGUUGUGUACAUAG